UGCGAUAGUAAAUGUCAUAUGAUAAAUUGCAGCCAUCCAGUCCACCUCCUGUGGCAUCGCAUCCAUCUGUCUGAUAUCACUCACGUCUCGGAUACCGACCCCUUCUCCGGCGAAGUCGGCACGCCACCCGCAAUGUCUCAUCGAAACAGAAUGAAUGGCUUCUACUUACCAACCAAUCAGGAACUCAUCAAUCACGCGCUGAGAGUUGCAGAAGAGCGCAAAAAUGGGCUCAACUCGAGUAAUGCAAUUGUAGCACACUCCUUUCAAAAUGCAGGUAACUGCCGAAGAUCGUAG